AUGUCUAUGCUCCAAAGAUCAGCAAAUAAUAUUUUUCAUUCAUAUACUAAUAAGAGAUUGAUAUCGAAUACUGUGAAGAAUGCAACAGUCGAUAACAUCAGUAGAGGCAGAAGAGCCACACAAUUCAAAGAUACGUUAAAUAAAGGUCCUUCAUUUGCUGAUUUUCUAUCAGGUAAAGCUGCAAAGUUUAAUUUAGAUCCUCUAGAGAGUGCUAGACAAGAUAAAGAAGAAGUUAAGAGAUUACCCAAAUGGCUUAGAGUACCAAUUCCAAAAGGUUCAGGUUAUCACAAAUUACAGAAAGAUCUGAAAGAACUUAAAUUAAGUACAGUUUGUCAAGAAGCAAAGUGUCCAAAUAUAGGAGAAUGUUGGGGUGGAGAUGAUAGAUCAAAAUCUACAGCAACAAUUAUGUUAUUAGGUGAUACAUGUACUCGUGGAUGCAGAUUUUGUUCCGUCAAGACAAAUAGAAAUCCUGCAAAACCAGAUCCAUCGGAACCAUUAAACACAGCUGAAGCUAUCAGUAGGUGGGGUCUAGGUUAUGUUGUGUUGACAACUGUGGAUAGAGAUGAUUUAGUUGAUAGUGGUGCAUACCAUUUGGCUGAGACUGUGAGGUUGAUAAAAGAAAAGGCACCAAAGACAUUAGUUGAAACGUUAUCUGGUGAUUUCAUGGGUAAUUUAGAGAUGGUUGAUGUCAUGGCCAUGAGUGGGCUGGAUGUGUAUGCACAUAAUCUAGAGACUACAGAAGCUUUAACACCACAUGUUAGAGAUAGAAGAGCUACAUACAGACAGUCGCUGGCCGUGCUAGAACGAGCAAAGAAAACUGUACCUGAUUUAAUAACAAAAACGUCAAUUAUGCUAGGAUUAGGGGAAACAGAUGAACAAGUUUUACAAACACUGAAGGAUCUAAGAACAAUAGAUUGUAAUGUCGUCACAUUUGGUCAGUACAUGAGACCUACCAAAAGACAUAUGAAGGUUGUCGAGUAUGUCCAUCCAGAUAAAUUUGAUUACUGGAAGCAGAUUGCUUUAGACAUGGGUUUUUCUUACUGUGCAUCUGGACCACUUGUUAGGUCAUCUUACAAAGCUGGUGAGUCUUUUAUUGAAAACAUACUUAGAUCAAGAAAGCACCAGAAGUAA